AUGUCAGCAGAGUCUUUAAAAGAAGCCUGCCAGCGUUUCUUCUCAGUCACUGCUGAGAUCCACGCUGUAUUUAGCACCGCCCGAGCCCUCCCCUUCCUCCUGUGCCAAAAACGAGGCUUGGAACGCACAAGCCCGGCACCCGGAAAUGACGUCACCCGCACCGGAAGUGACCCGCAGUACCCGCCCACCUUCCCUGAUUGGCUGAUGGGCGGCUCCCUCGAACAUGAUCAGGUGACCUUCUACGUCGGACGCCGCUCUAUAAGCCCACGCGCGACCGCCGAUGUCUUCAGUGCAGGGCUGUUCUUUGAAGGUAAAGAAUUACGUCUGAAACAGGAGUAUUUCGUUGUAGCCGCCACACUUCAAGAUAUAGUCAGACGCUUCAAGUCCUCUAAGUUUGGAUGCCGCGAUGCAGUGCGUACAUCUUUUGAAGCUUUUCCUGAUAAGGUGGCUAUGCAGCUCAAUGACACUCACCCAUCUCUUGCCAUUCCUGAGCUCAUGAGACUGUUUGUGGAUGUUGAAAAAAUGGACUGGGAUAAGGCCUGGGAUUUGACAGUCCGCACAUGUGCUUACACAAAUCAUACAGUGUUGCCGGAAGCUCUAGAGCGCUGGCCAAUCCACCUCUUGCAAAAUCUGCUCCCAAGACACCUGGAGAUUAUCUAUGAAAUUAAUCAGAGACACCUCAAUCGUGUCUCUUCCAAGUUUCCUGGAGAUGUUGACCGAAUGCGCAGAAUGUCUCUUGUUGAAGAGGGGUCAGUUAAGCGCAUUAACAUGGCGCAUUUGUGCAUUGUUGGCUCACAUGCUGUAAAUGGUGUUGCCCAGAUCCACUCAGACAUUAUCAUAGACACAGUCUUUCAUGAUUUCUAUGAAAUGGAUCCCCAUAAGUUCCAGAACAAGACUAAUGGCAUUACUCCCCGCCGCUGGCUGCGGCUGUGUAACCCAGGCCUUGCUGAAGUCAUAGCAGAGCGCAUAGGUGAGGAUUACAUCACUAACCUGGACCAGCUGAGGAAGUUGCUUAACUUUGUGAAUGAUGAAGCUUUCAUCAGAGAUAUUGCAAAAGUCAAGCAGGAAAAUAAGCUAAAAUUUUCAAGGUAUUUGGAGAAUGAAUACAAAGUGAAAAUCAAUCCAAAUUCUAUGUUCGAUCUCCAUGUAAAGAGAAUACAUGAGUACAAGCGUCAGCUCUUGAACUGUCUGCAUGUGAUCACUUUAUACAACCGUAUAAAGAAGGAUCCUAGUAAACAAUAUGUACCAAGAACAGUGAUGAUUGGAGGAAAGGCUGCUCCUGGAUACCACAUGGCCAAGAUGAUCAUCAAACUAAUCACUUCUGUGGGUGAUGUUAUCAACAAUGACCCCGCUGUUGGAGAAAGACUUAAAUUUAUAUUCCUGGAGAACUACCGUGUUUCUCUGGCAGAGAAAGUAAUUCCUGCUGCUGAUCUAUCUGAGCAGAUCUCCACUGCUGGAACUGAGGCAUCUGGUACAGGAAACAUGAAGUUCAUGCUAAAUGGGGCUCUUACAAUUGGCACCAUGGAUGGAGCUAAUGUGGAGAUGGCAGAAGAAGCAGGAGAAGAAAACCUUUUCAUAUUUGGCAUGAGAGUGCCUGAUGUAGAACGUCUUGACCGUGAGGGUUACAAUGCCCGGCUGUAUUAUGAGAGGAUUCCUGAGCUCAGACAGGUGAUUGAUCAGCUUAAUUCAGGAUACUUCUCCCCCAAGCAGCCUGACCUCUUCAGAGACAUUGUCAACAUGCUGAUGAAUCAUGACAGGUUCAAAGUAUUUGCAGAUUAUGAAGAUUAUAUCAGAAGUCAGGAUUCUGUCAGCGCUCUUUACAAG